AGCAAAUAUUGUAAAGGAUUGGUUCGAAUAUUCAACAAAAGUGGUUUUUAAUCGGCGGUGAGAUAUAAAACUUUCUUGUGUGAUUUUUAGCGUUUCUGUAAAUGUUUACUGUUUAUUCUGCGAUAGGUUAUUUGGUUAUAGUGCGCUAAGCCAAACUCGGAUACAAUAACUUUCAUCAGUAACGUGAAGGAACUUACCGAAACGAAACCGACUCGUUACUUGAGGAAACAGAAAAUAAAUCAUAGAAACAUGCGAACAUCUUGAAGAUCUUAUUUCUCAAACGGCUAUAUGAUCCGGAUUUCAAAACGGACUAACUGAUUUUAACAGAAUUCGAAUCUCGAAACAGCAAAAGUGACUUUCUCAGCUGAAGAUCAGGUUGGGUGUAUGGUUAACUCGAGGUUCGAACCUCUCUCUGUCACGGUGGCGAUCGAAAACCUUCCCAUGAUGCAGCUGUGCGCGGGAUGUCAGGCGCCCAUAGUUGACCGCUACCUACUUCACGUGCUGGACCGCGCGUGGCACGUUCGUUGCGUGCAGUGCUCGGACUGCUCAUGUGCUCUGACGGACAAGUGUUUCUCGAGGGACGGAAAGCUCUACUGCAGAAAUGACUUCUUUAGGCGGUUUGGUACGAAAUGUGCAGGGUGCGGACAGGGUAUCUCCCCUAGCGACCUCGUGCGACGUGCAUGCGACAAGGUGUUCCACCUGAAAUGUUUCACGUGCAUGGUGUGCCGGAAGCAGCUCUCAACCGGGGAAGAGUUAUACAUUGUCGGGGAAAAUAAGUUCCUCUGCAAAGAGGAUUAUAUUCAACACAAACUUGAAGGAUCGGACGAUGAGGAAGACUGUAUGGACUUUGACAGUACCCUCGACAGUCAAGAUGGCGUCCUUGAGAAAAACUUGUUUGCAGACGACAAUUGUCACGUGAAAGCUGGUGACGUCACAGAAAUUAAUCAUAACGAGACUGUCAUAAAAUCAGAAAACUUACUCUGUCCCUCAAAUGGGUUGUUAUCAAACCAGAAACUAUCUGGAAACGCAUUGUCUCCGACAACUAUGGACAAUAGCUUAGUGUCUGACCAAUUAUCAAUAAAAAUGGAAGGUGGAAUGAACGGUCUAAGUGAAAAUCUACCCUCCUCACCGCAUAGCCCGGAUAUGAAUUUAAACUGCGGGACCACGUCAGGUCCCGCGAGCGACGAGAGUGUGGAUAUCAAUGACAACAUUUCCUGUAGUGACGCGAACGAACUCGAAGCCGACGGAAAUGACGCCAACGGGAACCAUUCGGGUCCCGGAAGUAAGCGCCGUGGUCCGCGGACCACCAUCAAGGCGAAACAGCUGGAGGUUCUCAAGGCGGCUUUCAACGCGACGCCAAAGCCGACACGUCACAUCCGGGAACAACUGGCGGCGGAGACUGGCCUCAACAUGCGGGUCAUACAGGUCUGGUUCCAAAACCGUCGGUCAAAGGAGCGGCGUAUGAAGCAGCUGAGCGCGCUGGGAGCCAGGCGACACUUUUUCCGGGGACCCCGGCGCCGUUCAAUGAGGGGAGAUAUGGAUGAAACCGAGAUGAUGGCACCAAACUUCGGCUACUUUAACGAAGGUGAUCCGGAGAUGUACGGGAAUUACCAGCCGUACCAGAACUUCUACCCUGGCCCCGGGCCGGAGAUGGGACCGGGCAAUAUGAACUACAUGGUGCCCAAUCCCCGAGCAACACCACCCCAUAUGGAUCCAGGGAUGAUGGGUUCGAGAGUGGGAAUGGUUGGAGACGGUCCCUACAUGCACGGUGACAUUUUACCCCCUGCUUCAUCACCCGAGGUUCUUCAAACCCUUCACCCAGACGACCAGUAUUUAACCAACGGACCCUGUCGACCAAUGGGAGUCCCUUUCUCGUCUGCACCGUCUUCAUCAUUAAUGUCAUUUCAAAUUCGACCGGAAAUGACGUCAGAAGUUUGGGGAUGAGAGAUAUCAAAAUCGUCAAAAAAUGGUCCAUAAAUGCACCGACAUGAUAUUUUGCUUUAUGACUAUCGACAUUUUAGCAGAAGGAGCAUUGCUUACAAAACACAACAUGUUGUUGUCAAAGCUGGUUGAAACAGCCGACAAAUAAACACCUUACCCUUCGAAAACCGUUACUGUGUUCCUGAUUUGUGUAGGAAGAAUUAACAACAGUGUGACGUAAAAAGCGACGAAAUCAAUAUAAUGAACAUUGUACGCACGUUUACGACAUGUCGUAAAGCAGACAAUGUCGUAAUAUUGUGUAAAUUGCUCACGACAGCGACAAAUUUGUCGGACAGAGUGCAUUUUCCAUUGACAACAGAUACUUGACUGUGUGAAACUGUUUGUGAUAUUUCUUGUUCAUUCUAAAAGCAGAAGUGUGCUAUUCUUUAACGACUUAUUUAUUGUUGACAUUAUUGUAAUGGACGUUCAUAUUGUUCUAAGUUGUGUGUAUACCUUUAUUUUCCAUGCUCGUAUAGGUGUUGUUUUCUAUGUCAGAAAGUAUUAAAUCCAAAUUGUGUUUAACAUAUAUUACACAUUAAAAAAUGGCAGAAAUGUGUUGAAUAGGUUUCACACAUAUAUAUUUUUCAUUUUAAACUGAACUUGGACCAUACGCAUAUGAAUAUUAAAGACGACUGAUAAGCCAUUUGGCUUUUUAUAUGUGGCCAAUUGUGAAGUGUAUGGAACAAAUCUGAUACGGUUGUUAUUUUGCUGUUUAACAUACCGUGCAUAAGUUUUGCAUUAUCAUUAAAUACAUGUUCUGUUGUUUGAUUGUGUAAUUGUUUAAUGUUAAAACCGUUAUACAGUAUAAGUGUGGGAUCCUGAUUUCAUUUCGUGUACACAUGAGGUUUAUUUUUAAGAGAUAUAUUAUUUAUGAGAAAUAAAACGUCAAAAUCCA